AUGGAAUCAGUGAAAACCACUCUGCACAACAACCUUGCCACCCCGGUCAAACAAUAUAUAGAGACACCCCAACAACCAACCACGAUCGCUGUGGUUCCAUACACCGUCGACUUCGUCCAUUACCGGGGAAGUGGAUCCAGUAUCAAGGAAUUACCAACGUCUGCCGUCACCAACAACCUUGCCGACUCAAUCAAACAACUCAAUACAACCAACAACCUUGGACGGGAUCAGGAUACCACUCUAGCCACCAACAACCUUGGCCCACCAUCAAACAAACCAACAACAACAACCCUUGGGAGAGGAUCGAGGAAACCACUCUUCCACCACACAAACCUGGUACCUAUCAAGAGCAAAAAACCGCAACAACCAAGACCAACAACCUUGCCACCAUCAACAACCCAACAACCAACAACCUUGGAGGAGCAGGAAACCACUCUGCCACCAACAGCCUUGCCACCAUCAACCACAGGGUUAGAAAUAGCAACUGAAACGCAACCAAAUACUGGGACACCAACCACCACAGAAUCACCAGACACUUUAUCGGCUUUGGAGAAAAGACGAGCAGAGUUGCUUCAGGAAAUCGAAGCCCUGGAAAACCAAAUUGCUGCCACCAACGCCUCCGUCGCUGCUCUCCAGGAAAUGCAAGCGGCCCUGCAGGAGGUCACCGAAGCCAUCGAGGAAGCCACAAGCAACUCCGGAAGGAAGCGACGCUCGCUCACUUACUCCAUCAACCACGCGACGAACGCCGUCACGGUCGACCCCUACUGCGAGGUCAACGAAGCCGAUGCCUUGACGGGCGAUCCGGCAGAAGUGCUUCUCACGAUGGUCGACGAUCUCUCUGCUAAGAUGUCCAAUCUCACGACCGACCAAAUCAGCUGCUUCAGUCAGCUCCUCAGUAAUUUUGCAACAUUCAUAGCGAACGGAACUUUCGUUAUUGACUCCAGCUUGUUAGAUAACAUCACAGCUGCUGUUGAGGAUGCAAGCAGCGUCGCGGGAGACCAAAUCCAGUCUUUGCAAUCACUCGUAAGCACUUUACAAGAACUGAAAGAAAAUAAAACAGAAGAACUUGCGCAAGUGGAAAACCAACUGGCUGCAACGACAGCAUCACAUACCACUGAGAAACCAAUAACCACAACUUCACAUGGAAAAGAACUACCAGCAACCACUAAGCAACCAAUGACCACAACAUCACAAACCACUGAACUAUCGACAACCACAAAGGUACCAACAAACAUGGUGCCACCAACCACUGAGAUACAAACAACCACUCAGGGGCCAACACUUACAGUCCCGACAACAAUCACGGUGCCACAAACCAUGGGAUCACCAAUAACCACAGUGCUAUCAGCCACUGAACAACCAGCAACCACAAUGCCAACAUCCAAUACACAACAAAUGACCACAAAUGAACUGACAACCAUAACACCACCAACUGCUCAGCCACAAACCCCUGAGGGGCCAACAACCACAGUCUCACCAACCACUGGGCCUAAAGUACAACAAACAUCCAUAGAGCCACCAACCAAUGAACCAACAUCCACAGGGCCAACAAUAACCACAGAGCCAUCAGUACCAACUCUGAUACCAAUAACUACAUUGUCGCUAUCAACUAUACUACAGUCAAUAACCACAGAUGAACUUAUAUCCACAGGGCCUCCAACCACUGAGCCCAGACAACCACUGAGGGCCAACCUUGCCACUAUCAACAACUCAACAACCAACAACCUUGGAGGAACAGGAAACCACUCUGAAACUUUACCACCAACAACCUUGGAUCAGGAAACCACUCUGCCACCAACAACCGAACAACCAACAACCUUGAAGGAUCAGCAACCUUGCCACAAUCAACAACUCAACAACCAACAACCUUGGAAGAACAGGAAACUACUCUGCCACCAACAACUUUACCAACAACCGAACAACCAACAACCUUGGAUCAGGAAACCACUCUUCCACCAACAACCUUGGUUAGAAAUAGCAACUGAAACGCAACCAAAUACUGGGACACCAACCACCACAGAAUCACCAGACACUUUAUCGGCUUUGGAGAAAAGACGAGCAGAGUUGCUUCAGGAAAUCGAAGCCCUGGAAAACCAAAUUGCUGCCACCAACGCCUCCGUCGCUGCUCUCCAGGAAAUGCAAGCGGCCCUGCAGGAGGUCACCGAAGCCAUCGAGGAAGCCACAAGCAACUCCGGAAGGAAGCGACGCUCGCUCACUUACUCCAUCAACCACGGCGACGACGCCGUCACGGUCGACCCCUACUGCGAGGUCAACGAAGCCGAUGCCUUGACGGGCGAUCCGGCAGAAGUGCUUCUCACGAUGGUCGACGAUCUCUCUGCUAAGAUGUCCAAUCUCACGACCGACCAAAUCAGCUGCUUCAGUCAGCUCCUCAGUAAUUUUGCAACAUUCAUAGCGAACGGAACUUUCGUUAUUGACUCCAGCUUGUUAGAUAACAUCACAGCUGCUGUUGAGGAUGCAAGCAGCGUCGCGGGAGACCAAAUCCAGUCUUUGCAAUCACUCGUAAGCACUUUACAAGAACUGAAAGAAAAUAAAACAGAAGAACUUGCGCAAGUGGAAAACCAACUGGCUGCAACGACAGAUAUUUGUUAUAAAAUAACCACCAGCUACAACCACAGAGCUACCUACAGCAUCACCAACGUCUACAUCACAACCAACUAUACCUAUAGUGCUGCUACCACAACGCCAACAACAACGCCACUAACCACUGAGUCUUUGACAACCACAGUACCACCUACAACAGCCAGACCAUUAACCAGUGAACAUGCCACCUAA